AUGCACGACAUCUCCACUAAUCUCGUCCUUGGGCCCGUGGUUAUUGGCACUAUCUUCAACGCGUUUCUUUACGGCAUCUGCUUUCUGCAGUUUCUCUCGUAUUGGGAGUACGGCAAAUCAAAUGAUACGACUAUAAUUCACCUUCUGGUUGGCUGGACGUUCUUCCUCGAUACUUUCCACACCUGCGCGCUGCUAUACAUGUUAUGGGUUUACACAGUCGUUGAAUUCAAUAAUCGUGAAUUCCUCUCAACUGUUCUGUGGCCGUUUUCUGCAACUCCCAUCAUAACAACUCUGACGUCAUUUCCGAUCGAGUUUUAUCUCGCUUGGCGCAUCAAAUUGUUUUCGCGCUCAACAAAGAUCUUUUUCGGCCUCCUCGUUUUGGCCGCCGCUCAGACGAGCCUUGGUUUGGCUUGCUCGAUCGCGGCGUUCAUGGUACCAAACAUUGCGUUGUAUCACAAUCUUAUUCCGUACGUCGUUUCAUGGCAAGUGCUAGCUGUUGCGGCCGAUGGAAGCAUAACAGUUUUGCUGUGGUGGUGCUUAACGAAGAGCAGAAUAGGCUCGAGACGAAGCGAUAGCGUGAUAACUCGAGUAAUUCGGUCUUCCAUCGAAACAGCCGCCUUCGUCGCCUUCUUCUGCAUCAUGGACUUGGUCACUUUCGUGAGCAGCAGACUACUCGACUCUCUGAUCGCCUGGCUUAACAAGGUUUGA